UUCACACACACGUCAAAAUUCUCCAUCACACUGCUUUAGAAGCAAAGAACUCACUUCCCUGCUUGGACCGUUGAAGCAAAACGCAGACAUGAUUUACUGUCCCGCUUCACAAAGCUGUGGGUUAACAAUCUGACAUGAUGUUGGUUUGAUUUCCAGUUGCAGAAUGACGUUGGACCUGAACAUCUCCAACAUGUCCAACAUGUCCCUGAGACCAGACCAGGGUCCGGCGGAGUACCGGAUGGCAGGCCUGAUCUUCUACUGCUUUGUCUUCGUUAUUGGAUUCAUCGUCAACCUGACAGCUCUGUGGGUGUUCGCCCUGACCACCAAGAAGAAGACGUCGGUCACUGUCUACAUGAUCAACGUAGCUGUGGUCGACCUGACCUUCAUCCUGCUUCUUCCCUUCAGGAUGGUCUACCACCACCUGGACUACUGGCCCUUUGGAGACAUCUUCUGUCGAAUUAUUGCCGCCCUCACUAUUUUCUACCCCUGCAUUGCUCUUUGGCUCUUUGCUCUGAUCAGCGCCGACAGAUACAUGGCCAUAGUGCAGCCAAGGCAUGGCAAGGAGCUGAGGAACGUCUCCAAGGCCAUGGUGGCGUGUUUGGGGGUGUGGCUAAUGACUUUGGGCAGCACUUUGCCCGUGCUCUUCUUUGGGUACGACCCGGACCAAGUGUCCAACUUCACCACCUGCAUCAAGAUGCAGGACAUCGUCUACCUGCGAUCUGAUAACCCUGUCAACUUUGUGCGACUUGUUUUCUUCUUCCUGGUGCCCAUUUGUUUGAUGAUCGGCUGCUACGUGAUCAUCGUAGAUAAUCUGAUGCACGGACGCACCUCUAAACUGAAACCUAAGGUGAAGCAGAAGUCGAUCCGGAUUAUAAUCACGCUAAUCAUCCAAAUGUUGGUUUGCUUUGUGCCUUUCCACGUGUGUCUGGUUCUUCGUCUGCUGGGAAAAGUGGAAGAAGGAGGCUACAACACCGUCGUGGUUUUCACCACCUUCCUCAUGACCAUGAGCACCGUGUUGGACAUUGUUCUCUACUACAUUGUUUCCAAACAGUUCCAGGACAGGGUGAUCAGCGUGAUCCUGUACAGGAACUAUUUACGAAGCGUGAGACGGAAGAGCAGACACACACACACAGGUGGGAGCAUCAGAUCAAUGAGCAACUUAAACAGUGCAAUGAUAUGAAGCAGUCAAAAAUGUCCAAAAGAGACACCUAGUGUAAAGACAGUAUAACUGUGCAAUCCUUAUUCUCAGGACCCUGUGCUAGGAAAUCAUGUUCCUGCACUUUAUGGAACUGUUUUGUACAUACAACAAAAAAAUUAAUGAUAUUUUCUUGCCUUUGUGUCCAACACUGCCUCUUGUGUUCAAAUGUCCAAAGUGACACAUUGUAAUAUUAAAUUAUAAUUCUCUCUUUUUUAAAAGAGUUUUUUUAGACAUACUGGCUGGAAGUUCAGUUGAAAAAAUAUUGAAAACAUAAAAAUAUGACUGAUGCACAACAGUUUCUGCAAACCUAUUAGAGUCAUUUCUUGAAUGGUUUGUUAGUGGAAAUAAGUAGAUUGAAUUACAUCACUUUUUAUGACAUGUUGUGAAAUGCAACUGUGGAGUUUCCCUUUUUUGGUUCAGUUGAUGAAUAAGGAACUUAUGACGUUUCGUCAACAAAAUCAAAAUUACGAUAAAAAAAUCACAAUUACUCACAAUUUGUUUUGUUUUUUUAAAUAAAGAAGUGAAGUAAAAACAGUUGGUCAUGAGAGAUAUACUGUAUAAUAAUCAUGAGAUUGAAUAUUGUCUUUAUUCAUAUAAUAAUAUCUGAUUAUAUUUUAAUAUAUUAUGGAUAAAUAAAUAAGAUAGAAGAAACAGUUUCUAAAAUAUAUAUAUAUUUCGGUCAACAUAUAGUUUGCAUUAAAGAACGAAUCAUUAAUGGUGAAAACUGUGAAAUUAGAAAAAUACAAUUUGGAUGCUGUGACUUCAUAAACAUGUGAAUAAUAAUGACAGAAAGAGAUAAGAUUAUCACAUAAAAGGUAAAUAAAUAUGAAAUAAAAUAUCUUUCCAAUAAAUAUGUUAUAUAUUACAUUUAAAAUACUGUAUUUUAACUGUAAAAAUAAUCAAAUCGUCUGGUAAUUAGAGAGAAACGAAAUGCUUAAAGAGUACAAUCAAUAAUCUAAUGUCAAACUUGCUAUUCUUUUCAUUUACAUAUUAUUUAAAGUCUAGCCAAACGGAAAUCCUUCAAGUCUCACAAUGUGUCAAAUAUACAAAAUGAUUGAACUGUGACUUUCGGCAGUUUGUACAAACGCAGCUUCUCCCAGGGUUGUUAGAACAUUACUGUUUUCACAACAACGUUGCUGUUUUUCUGCCCCUGGCAGAAUGUUAGCCAAUAUGUUAUCAGUGGAUGUACUUUAUUAUCAAAAGGAUGAGAAGUUGCAGUUAAUUUGCAUGUUGUAAUUUACACUCACAGUAUGGGAGGAGCUGCUGUUGAGGCAAAAACAUCUGUGUUCAGAGCUGAUUGACUCACCCAUGAGACUGAGAAAGCUUUAUCUGUGUGUGUGUGUGUGUGUGUGUGUGUGUGUUCUGCCAGACGCAGCACGCACAGCGGCUCAGGUGGAACAAAUGCAGGUGGAAAUAAAAGUGCUGAAAAAUUAAUAAAUAAAUAGUAAUAAUAACAGCUUGUGGUACCUGAGGGGUUCAUUUGUUAUUGUGUAUAAUUAUUGAAACUCUUCUCAGCACUUCUGACUGUAUAACAGGGACGUUCAAAAUAAGGCCCUGGGGCCAAAUGCGGCCCUCGGCAGGUUUUUAUUUUGGCCGCAAGAAGACGCUCAAGCAACGUUGAGCUAUUUUUGGACCUUGAGAUGUUUUUCAAGUAAACUUCUAGAACUUU